CGCGUGAAAGCUGCACGCAAGUUUACAUUUGGCUCUACUACUACUAGCUAGAUUUUAUUUGUUUAAACGUUCCCUAGCGAAAACAUUUUACCAACCCAUUUUAAGCUUGUUAUUAAUAACAUGCCCGUAUCAUACUUAACAGUAUCAUGUCGUUAACUGCUUCAAGUCAAUGUUUUACGCAGAAAAGGACACUUUCGUCCCUCCUUUCUGGCCGUGUUGCUAAGAAGCAACGAAAGGAGGACGCGCAACAGCUUCAAAAGGCAGCAGUCCAGCUGCUGAACCAACACCAGAAUCUCCCAAACCUGCUCCUGGAGGUGGGGAACCCUAAGCCAUGCAAUGUGAUGGACCAGGAGACGACGGGAAGGAAGGAGUCUGUCAGUGACAGUCCCACACCCCACAUUGGAGGUUCAUUGCUGGUCGGUGAGCUGCGUCAUCAGGCUGCGGAGCUGGGCGUACCAGUCAGUGUCCUGUCAGCGAGGAUGGUGCUGGAUAGAGUACAGCAACUGACCAGCAGCACCCUAGAGGGGGUGAAAAAGCAUGCUCUGCUCAACACCACUCAGCGGCGGCAACUGCGUGCGCUGCUCCACUCCACCCAGCAGCUGCUCUCUCUCGGAGCCUUCUGCUCCCGGCUCUUCUGGCAGGAGUACUGGAGAGACCAGAAGCAGGUCCACUUAGAGGUGGUGUACCAUCUCCACGUUCUCAACAUCCUUACUAUGGAGUCCAUCCUAGAGAGCGACGGAGCAGUGUGUUCCUGGCUGGGGGCAGAGCUCAGGGCUGUGUGUGGAGGGACAGGCUCUGAGGAGGAAGAGGAGGAAGACCGGGAAGUCCGCCACAAGGUUCUCACCCUGGUGGUGAUGGUUCUGGUGAAGGCGGGGUUCCCAGAGACCCAGGACCCAGCAGGGCAAGACAGGAGCCUCCCCCAGCUCUGUAGCUCUCUCCUGGACCAACAGCUCGGCUGGGUGCUGGAUGCGUCAGGACGACAGCAACAGGACACAGCAGCUGAGCUCUGGGUUCAGCUGUUCGAUGCAACCUUGUGCGGAGAGUCGGUGUCACCCGAUGCACUUCGCUGUUUCUUCACACACGCGCUCACACACACGCUCACCUACAGGCCCCGCCUCACAGUGUCAGACGCCGUGUCCAUGCAGAGUGGCUGGAGCUUCUCUCGCAGCAGCCACUUACUCACCGCGCUCUUCCGGAAGCUGGCGGUGAUCUUCCGAGUGGAUGAGCUGCUCUCCCACCUCCAGCAGGUGCUAGAGACCCAGGAAGUCAACUGGCAGCAUGUGCUCUGCUUCCUGUCCACUCUGCUGGUCUUUAACCCAGACACCCAGUCCAGCCUCCAAGAGUUGCUGUCCAAACUGUUAAAGUCAGCGUUUGAGGGCUACAACCUGGAGAGCAUGAUCACUGCCUUCCUGCUGGCCCGCCAGGGGGCGCUAGAGGGCCCGGCCCUCUUCCCUUCAUACAGCCACUGGUUCAAGAUGUCGUUUGGGGGGGCGAACAGUUGCCACAGCAACAGUAAAAAGUCCUUGGUGUUCCUGCUCAAGUUCUUGUCGGACCUGGUGCCCUUUGACCCUCCACAGUACCUGAAGGUGCACCUCCUCCACCCGCCCUACGUAGCCGUAAAGCAUCGCAGCCUGCUCAAGGAGUACGUCUCUCUGGCCAAGACCAGACUGGCCGACCUGAAGGUCUCGCUGGAAGACAUGGGUCUUUAUGAAGAUGUCUCAGGGGCAGCAGCACCAGUUCAGCCCCAGUGCCAGGCUGGCCAGGACGUGGAGAAGGCGGUGUCUCUGUACGAGAGCACCGGAAGGAUCUCUGCCACGGUCAUGGAAGCAAGUAUCUUCCGGAGGCCCUACUUCCUGACUCGAUUCCUCCCAGCCCUCAUGACCCCCCGCCUGCUGCCUGUGAAAGCCGACGCCCAGAUGAGGUUCCUAGAAGCACUGAGGAAAGCAGAGAAGAUUCCACCCGCUCAGUACUCCUCCUAUGUCCAGUCGUGUCAGCGAGAGAGACAGAGGCAGCGAGAUGGAGGAGUGUGCGUGCAGGAGGACGACGACCCCGUGGAGGUGUUGAAGUCUCAGCUGCAGGAGUUCAGAGGCUUGGUGACGCAGGGGGACCGUGGAGAGGUGUCCUCCCAGCUGGCCAGGAUGUCACACACCCUGGGUGUUGUCUUCCCGGGCCCUACGGACACCCUGAUUGGCCAGACCGUCGUCAAGCUCUACACAGACACGCCCCCGCCUCCGGAACUACACGUCAAAGUAGUCAACCUGCUUCUGAGGAGCUUCUGUCAGUGUCUUCUGGAUGCCAGCAGACUCCACCCUCCGAACAGGCAGAGCCCGUGGGCGUCCCAGUUCGUGAGCACCCUGCUGGGACACAGCCAGCUGCUCUCCGCCCUGCUCCACCGCCUCUGGGACCUGCUGGCCAACCAGGGUCCCUCGUUGAGUGCAGCUCAUGUUCUCGGCCUGGGGGCCUUUGUUUGGCACCUCCAUGCCAGCCAGUCCCACUGCCCCCUGGUCCAGCUGUGUCCGGCCGUGCAGCCCGGCCCAGUGCCGGUCUCGGAGGCGCUCGCCCCCGCCCUGUCCUGCGCCACGCACGCCGACAUGCUCUUCUGCGUCCGCUUCGGUGUGGCAGCCGUGAGCUACGGCCUCUGCAGAGGAGACUCGCAGCCUGACCCCGGGCAGUCCCCUCCAGCUUGGCUGUGUAGGAAGCUGCUGUAUCUGGUCCCCAGACUCCUGCCCGAGGUGCGGGACGAUCUCCCCGCCAGGGGGGAGGAGGCGGGGGGGACUGGGACGGGCGUGAAGGGGCUGUGGCCCGAGGGACGGGAGCAGGACCAGUGGAGCUGUCUGACUGACGACAGUGCCCCCUGGAGGACAUCCGUCCGGGCUCUGUGGAGCCACGCUGCAUUCCGCCUCGUACUACAACUCCCUCAAUGCCAGGUGUCUUUCUCAGAGUGGCUGGCCACUGAGCUCAGAGUGAAGAGGAGUGAGGAUGCUCUGUCUGAUCCAGAGAGGCAGGAGUACCAUCAGUGGGCCUGUAUGCAGCGGUACCUGCCCUGCCCUGUGGAGCAGGGGGGCUGUGGAGGAAACCAGAGGAGGCUCUGCUCGGACAUCCUCCACGCCAUCCUGGACCUGCACACCUGCUCCCCCCAGAGCCGCGCUCAGGGGGCCCCCGCUACAGGAACCUGCCUCCCUGACCUGCUCUGCACACUGCAGGAGGUUGUGUAUGAGAUGGAGCUGACCGGUCAGUCUCAGGGUGCCCGAGUUCAGGCGGGUCACUUCCUCUUGGAUGUGCUGUCUCAGAAAUGCCCUUUGACCCCUGCGCCCCAGCCAAUCAGCAGUCAGCUGAGCCUGCAGCAGACUGUACAUGCCUGGAACAGGGUUUUGCUGUCCCUUCCCGCGGUGAUGUUGGUCACAGUGAGGACUGAAGCAGGAAGGACAACUCUGGACUGUCAGGCUCUGAUAGACCAUGUCAACCUGUACCAGAGGCAGGUGUGUUCCCCAGCUGGUUCACUGCCCCACCACCUGACAGCACACCUCUUAAAGGGUGUGCUGAGUGCCAGCAUGAGGUGUGAGCAUCCUUCCAGAGAGCUGAACCAGGCCUGGUCUCAGAUCAGCCUCCUCUGCCCCCUGUUCCUGGUCUCUGCUGUGCGAUGGUGGGGCCGUCUCCGCGUGGUGCUGGAGUGUGUGUGGCGGGGACUGUCAGACGGAGAUCAUCUACCAGAGCAGCUCCAGCUGCUGCAGACCUGCUGCCUCUGGGCCCCCAGGUUAGAGAAGGGUGUGGCCACCGUGCCAACUGGCCCGCCCCUGUUGCUGGCGGCCACUCUGCACUCUGCAUGGACAGGGCGGGGCCAGAGCAUCCAGACGAGUGUUGAUUGGCUGUGUGAAGUGAAGGAGAGGCAGGUCCUGGUGUACCUGCUGUACCUGUGUGUGACAGACCUCCUCACCACCCUUCUCCACCCCCAGGAAGUGAAGGGUCACCAGAAAGGAGCUGAGCUGUGUCCUCACAUCCUGUCCCUGCUUGUCCCCUCCUCUGAUUGGCUGCUGCUCUUUAAGUCUCCUGGCCCAGACCAAGGCCUGUACCAGUCUGUAGCCAUGGUUACCUCAGAUGAACACACCAGGCUGAUGCCACUGGCCUUUUACAGUCUGGUUCUCCAGCUGAGUCCAGAGGACCAGGACAGAACAGGGAGAACUCCAGGGUUCCUCCAGUCUGCCGUCCUCUGCUACGUCUCCCUGCUCAACCUCUUCCUGGACGGAAGCACGCCACAGCCAAUCGCUGACCUCUCCACUGAUCAGAUGGACCUGUCCCAGAUUCUGGGUUCAGCUCAGCGCUUCCUGCUGAGAGCCCUCUCUGUGAGCUCCGCCCCCUUCCUGUCCAGCAGCCAACUCACCCAGCUGGAGGCCCUGUGCUCUGAGCUGGACCCAGCUGUAGCAGGAGCUCUGUCUGCCCACCUCUGCCAGGACAUGGACUUCCUGUAGACUUCCUCUACUUCCUGUUGGACGGCCGGGCAAACUCGAAGUCGAUACACACAGACGACAUGGAAGUUGGGGUACCAGGAGAUGAUUAUAUUUUCUUAUAAAGAAUGUACAGAUAACAAAACGUCCUGCGAUGUCGCAGUCAAAGGUUAUGCGGUUGACAGUUGUUGCGUUUCCUUCUUUGCGUGUGUUCAUGUGUGUCUGUGGGAUGUGUCAUGGCACUGGGAAUACAGACGCUGUUCAGCAUUGGGACUAUUUCUUCACUCACACACGCAUAGUAGGCCACUUUAAAUGCACAGGUGCAUAUGUAUAUCCAAGAAGACUUCAAAAAAAAUGUCCCUGUCAAACACCUUUAGCCCUUCUGAUGGUAUAUAAUGUAAAGUUGAAAUGAAUGACUUACAAUGCACUACAAUAACUUAAUAAAA